AUGAAGUUCCCAAGUUUAGUUUGUUUGGCGCUCCUCGGAUUCUGUGGUGUUGAAGCUAAUUAUUUCGCCAAUAUUUUGAACGCACUGUACCAAGAUGUUAAAUUUAUCAAUCAGAGAGUUGAUCAAGUUAAUUUCGAUACUAUUUUCGGAGUUGCGCUUGCAGAAGCUAACUUAAUUGCGGUUUUGUCAUCGAAUGAUAAAUUUUUAUCUGAUGAUCAGUGGGAUUCGCUCAAUGAAAUUGUAAGCUUGUGUCGAAGAUCUCGGAAUUAUUUUAGUAAACAAUUAAAUACUAAAAAUGACUCUUUUCUUAACCGAAUAAAAAUUCUGAUACAACCAGAAAUUUGGAUUAAACCAAUAAAUUGGCAUUUUGGAAUCCUAAACUCUCCGCUUCAAUCAAACUUUACAUUAUCAGAAGAUCAGUUGAUUUUAUUAAUUAUGAAGGGUACACCUCAAGAGGCUGAAAGUGAUUAUUGUCUUACAGAACUGAGUGAAGAUAACUGCCAUAUAUCAAAUAUAUGUAUGGACAUGUUGUUGCGUAAAGAUGGCUCCCGAGGGUAUCCCUUGACUCAUAGAUUGUUGUACGUUGAAACUGCAAAGGCCUUACAGUGCACAGAAAAUUACAGAGCUAAUUUAACAGAUCUAACAGAAAAUUAUUGUCGAGAUAUUUUCAACGAUUUAAUUGAAUUAGAGUUUAAUGGAUUUCCCUCAAUUUCACGGGACUUAGUAAUGGAACAAAUUUCUUUAUGCGGUAUGGAGGGAUUUUUAGAAUUUGCAAAUGAACAUUACGGAAAUUUAAUAAUUAGAUGGCAAAAUUCUCACGGAUGCUUUUCUUCUCUCAAUUCCCACACAGUUCGUUUUCGUUCCAAAAGAGCAACAAGCCUCUUAGAUUGUGGAUGUGACAGUCAUGCUACUGGAGUGGCCGCCGCUGCAUUAAGCAUUUUAAUACGCGAAUUUAUAGAAAACUAA